GCUAACGUGUUUGUAUAUGUCAUCAGUCAGUAAUAUCAAAAUUUAGAUCACAAUAGAUUACAAACAUUCAUAUAAAUACUUCCUCUAUUUAUCAAUGUUUUAUCUAUCACUUGACCAUAACAAAUUGCAACCAUUAUUUCAAUGUACAACAUACACAGAAAGUGAAGUUAUGGAUCUCUCUACCAAGGAUGCAACUUUGGCGGCCAUUACGCUGAUCAGUGCUUCUCUUUCGAUUACUGGAGGAUUUGCACUUUUGUUAACUUACUUCAAGAUACCAGAAUUCCAAACCUCUGUCCGAAAACUCCUUGUUUUUCUUACUAUUGCUGAUAUUUUUACAGCAUCGGGUUAUAUUAUUGGCACUGUUCAUUUCCUUCUUUUAGAUUCUCAGCACAGAAAUAAGACAGACACACUAUGCGAAGUUCAAAGUUUUAUCACGACCUUUUCAAGCCUUAGUUCUUUUGCGUGGACAUCUAUUAUUGCAGUUCAUCUGUACCUUUUAAUACGGACACAGAGAGAUUUUCGAAGGAAAAGAUUUCUAAAGAUCAUGUAUCAUUUUUCAGGUUGGGCCAUCCCAGCCAUUAUUUGUAUUCCUGUCCUGGCUGAAGACAAGCUUGGUCGAGAUCACAAUGGAAAAAAAGCUGGGACAGGUUUGUGGUGCUGGAUAAAGAUAGACGACGCUGAAAUCCACACACAGGAAAUAGUGCUGAUGUUAAUGACCGGGAAAUUCUGGGAACUUCUUACAUACGUCCUAUCGUUCUCUAUAUACAUGAUGUUGAAAAUUAACACGUACAUAGAGAGACAAAAAAAUAAAAGCUACUGUUGGAGGGAUGUGGGCGGCGAGACUCUAAGAAAUGAAGAUGAGCGAUUCUGCUUCACGUGGCUCAUUCUCUAUUUACUUCGAUUCUGGGGAACAAUCAGAUUCUUCAUUGAGAUUUCUAACACAAAAUCCGGAAAAGCAAUGGACGUAGACAAUAUUCUCAGUUAUUUUCAUUGUGCAGGGGACAGUGCCCAAGCGCUAGGAAACUUUAUUCUGUUUUGUUUGCUUGACAAAAAUAUAAGGAGAAAAUAUCGUGAAAUGAUCGUUAAAUGCUGCAAUAGACAGGGAAAUUAUGAUUUGCUGAGAGCACCCUUUUCAGAUUCAGCGAGUUAUCAAAGUAUAUUACAGUCUUAGGGAUAAUCCCUAAAAACUUGAAAGAAAGAAGUUUAUUAUCUUCUUUCAAGUAAAAACAGUUCAUAUACCAGUAGAUAUAUUUCUAAUUUUGCAUUAAAUUUUCUUCCUUUCAUUUUCAUUUAUUUAUUUAAUUUAUUACAAUAUAUUUGUCGAUCAUUUACAUACAUUAUGCAAAAUAUCUACAGAUAUAUAGAUAAAUAGCAAGCAUAUGUCUGAUAAA